CUUCAGCCAUCUUGUACUCUCUCUCUCUCUCUCUCUCUCUCUCUCUAUAAAAGCAACCUCACCCAACAAAACUAUUCCCCUCCUCUCUCACAGUACCUAGCUUUUAACCAUGGCUGAGUACCCCUACUCAUCAAAUUUCUUCACAGGUCUCUUCAAAUUCAACCCUCUUCUUCAUCACCAUCACCACCAUGAAUACCCUUUGAUUUCAAACCCUCCUCCUCCUCCGCAACCACAACCUCAACCUCAACCUCCCUAUGCGCACAACUUCUUCAAUAUCAACUACAAUCAGAACCACAACCAGUACUCUUCUUUUUACUCCAGCCAAACCACUCAUCAUCAACCCCCUUCUCCACCUCUCAGAGAAGCCCUCCCACUCCUUAACCGCUUAAGCCCAACAAAGCAUCAUGAAGACGAAGAACAAGAGCAUCAUCACCAUCAUGAGUACUACUCCUGUAGUACUGAUCAAAUGGAUGUAGAUGACAAGAUCAGCAAACCGUACAACAAAGAAGACCAUGGGGAAGAUGAUGAGGCUAGUGUGACUGUUGCACUGCACAUAGGACUCCCGAGCCCUAGUGCAGCUGAAAUGGCAUCUGUGCUUUCUGCAGCUUCUUCUUCCUCAGAAAUCAGCACAACUCAUGACAAAGAUCAUGUUAUUGGAGAUCAUGGUGAUGAUUCAACUGGGUACCCCAUGAACAGAUCAUCGCUCAACAAGGGUCAGUAUUGGAUCCCAACUCCGUCACAGAUUCUCAUUGGUCCUACUCAAUUCUCUUGCCCUGUCUGCUUCAAGACCUUCAACAGAUACAAUAACAUGCAGAUGCAUAUGUGGGGGCAUGGAUCUCAAUACAGAAAAGGGCCCGAGUCUCUAAGAGGAACUCAACCUACAGGCAUGCUUAGGCUUCCUUGCUAUUGUUGCACACCAGGUUGCAGGAACAACAUCGAUCACCCGAGAGCGAAGCCCCUGAAAGAUUUUAGAACCCUCCAAACACAUUACAAGAGGAAGCAUGGAAUCAAGCCUUUCAUGUGCAGAAAAUGUGGCAAGGCAUUUGCAGUGAGAGGAGAUUGGAGAACCCACGAGAAGAAUUGUGGCAAGCUUUGGUAUUGCAUUUGUGGCUCUGAUUUUAAGCACAAGAGGUCUCUCAAAGAUCAUAUCAAGGCUUUUGGGAAUGGGCAUGCAGCUUAUGGAAUUGAUGGAUUUGAAGAAGAUGAUGAGCCUGCAUCUGAAGUUGAGCAAGAUAAUGAUUAAUCAAGGCAGCAAUAAAGUUAAUUUUUAACUAAGAAGUACUAAGAGGAUAUAAUCAUCUAGAUAUUGACAUAGCUAGCCAUGGCUUUCUGAGUAAAAACUAUGUAAGCUUCGUUUACUUGGAGAGCCACUACUUUCUUCUUUAUUUUUCUAUUUUUUUUUUCCCUUUUGUCACUCUUUCUAAACUAGUUCGAUCUUCUCUCGGUAUUCUAGGAUCAAAAAUACAAUUUGCAAGUUAAUUUGUUAAGUAAUAUAUAUGAAGCAUCAUUCCUACUAA